GAUUAGUUGUGUUUAGUGGCGUACAGGAAAACCGGAGUACUUGAUCAGUUUUAUCAAAGAGUUUGUAAAACUUAACAGAACACUGAUAAAUAAGUAUGGAACCGGCAGAAAGAGUCAUGGAGAGCAAAAAGACAGAGGAAGAAGUGGAGUUGAAGGAGAUCACCACAGCUGAGGACAAAGAGGAUAAGGAAAAGAAGACGACAAAUGCUAAAUCUUCUAACGUUGAAGAGGAAAUUGUAGCAGAAGGGAAUGUAUACUCUACUUUAAGCAACCCAUCUGAGCAUGUAUAUGGUGUGCCCUCUUCAACUCAGUCUUAUAUCAUCAAAGAAGACACAUCACCUGAUAUUCACAGGAAGAUUCGUGUUUACCGCAUGAUUUCACUGAUUCUCUUUGCCAUCUGCGUCCUGUUGAUGAUUGUGGUCCUUGUGCUGUCUGUGAAGUUGACUGGGAAGCAGCCAUGUGAGAUUGUUAAGGACACUGACAGGACUCCACUGGUACAGGAAUGCAGCUUGACAAAAUGCCAAGAGAUUUACAAACAGCAGUUGGUUCAUGUCAGCGAACAGUGUGUGUGCAAUGGUUGUGGCAGGGACUGGUUGCAUUUUGAAGAUUCUUGCUACUUCCUGUCCCAAGACCGUCUCAACUGGCAGAAAAGCAGGGAGGAGUGCCAGAAGAAGGGAGGAGAUCUUGCCAUCAUUACUAAUGAACGUGUGCAGAUGUAUCUGACUGAGAAAGGGAAGUUGCACUACUGGAUUGGGCUAAAUCAUGUGGGGACAAAUCAAUGGGAAUGGAUUAACAACAAUGUAUUGACAGUGAGAUAUUGGGGAGAUGUUUCCUCCAGUGGGGACUGUGCUCUCCUAGCUACCAAUGAACCACCUGCACAGAGCUGGCACCGAUCCUCCUGCAGAAUGUACUUACAGUACAUCUGUCAGAAGAGCUUAGGAUCUCCUUAGCAACACCAGCUAUCAAAAUCACCUGCAUAUCUGCUCAUCAGAACUUAACUCGAAUAAUUAAAACAAUCAUUGAUCUUUUUCUCUAAAAAUGAGUCAAAUGUAGUGAGAAUUGAGCCAUCAGCAUAAAGUGCAUUGCUUUUUUUGCUCAACAUGCAUUACGUAGUUAAGCUUUAAGGGGCAGAAAAAAAAAAGAUUUUCAGAAGCUGUCCAGUUUAUUUGUUAGUAUUAUCACUGAACUAAUUUUUAACUGUUUAUUUGCACUAAAAAUGUCUAAUGUACUCACGAUAUUAUACUAAAAUAUAUGCUUGAAUUUUAAAUACAUUCUCAUUUUUGUAAUGCCUCUGCUUGUAUUGUUUGAUUAAACUUCUACCUUUAUAUUUAACAGUAUUGAUGGCACACAGUUCAAAUUUGUCUACCAAAUACAACAUUUCAAGUAUACAUUUAAAUCCGGUAAAACAUUGAAAUAAUUCAGAAUAAGUUAACUGAACCUCAGUCUAUUUUACGAAUGUCAGUAGUAAAUAUUAUAUAGGUUGUGACAAAAAUGAUUGAUGGCCUAUGAUUUAUGACCUAACAGGUGUAUAUUUGACCUCUGCUUCCUGUCCCCCACACCCCUCCCUCCGGCAGUUGUACAGGAUGUGAUGAGUUGUUUGGUCAGCGGUUCUGUACAGGAAGUAGUAUGAAGUGGCUGUUCUGAUAUCCCCAUGCUGUAGCCGAAACCAUAUGUGUAUUUAAAAGAGUAGACAAAUUCUUAAUCUUUCAUGAUGUACAAUGUUUAAUGGAAAACUGACAUGACAAAAAUAAUGGUAUAAGAAUCGUUUUUUCUCUCAACUCAGACUAAAAAAUUGUGAUUGAUUAAAUAAUUAAUUGGUGUAAUCAUUGAGAUGUUUUUU